CAGCAGACUGACUUCGAUCCUCUGACGUAGUUAGCUGUCAACAAACUAAAGAAGACAAUAGUUUGGGUUAUUCUCACGGAUUUGGAUCAUGAAUUAAUCCGAUUAUUGGGCUUUAACAUGUCCCCGUUCCUUUAGAAUUGAGUGGGUUGAAGAGGAAUUUUCUGGAAUCGUUCUGUUGAUUUACUACCUCCAUUGAUUGCUAAAUUAGCUCGUGAACCUGGUAAGUUAACUGGUGAAGCGGCCAGUUGACCUCCAUUUGCUCUUUUUUCCUCGCGAUAUUUUCAUUAAAGGAAUCCAAGAAUCAAAACAGCUGCAGUUUGGAGAGCUUGGUGCCUCCUUGGGCUCCUGGCAUGGCUGAUAGCAGCAUUGUGACUUUAGGGGCAGCUCGGAGCCUGUUGGUGGAUUCUUCGGUCUGUGACUCCAGGAUUGUGGAAACCACUAAGGACCAUACAUUUCUGGGCAUGACGUGUGAAGACGGGGAAGAUGUUCUGCCAAAAGUGGAGACACGGGUGGUUCUGGUGGGAGAGGCGGGCCGUAAUAAAGCGCUGGUCAAAGCACUGCAGGCCAUCAGAGUAAUGGAGGUACCCGUGGUAAAGAUAAGAGAAGGCGAGGCGGGUGCCGAGGAGAAAAUGAUGAUAAAAUCUAUAGUCAAUAUGGACAUCAGCUCUCCGUUUAUAAAGACGGAUAAAGUCGAGGAGUUUGGAGACGGAGAGAACGCUGACUUUGAGACGGUGUUUGUCCUGACAGAGUUUGACUCUCCAGAGUACGACUACCUCUACAAACAUGAUAACCGCAUCGUCGGGCCUCCCGUUGUGCUGCACUGUGCUGCAAAGAAAGAACCUUUGCAGUUUUCAUGUCGUCCUCUUUACUGCACAAGCAUGCUGAACCUGUCGUUGUGUUUCACCGGCUUCAGAAACAAGGAGGAAAUGAAGAAUCUGGUGAAUCUGGUCCAUCACAUGGGCGGAACAAUCCGGAGAGACUUCAGCACCAAGGUUACUCAUCUCAUAGCGUACGCCACUCAUGGAGAAAAAUACAGGCUGGCAGUGUGCAUGGGGACUCCCAUCCUCACUCCAUUAUGGAUUCAGAAAGCGUGGGAGAGACGAGAUGACGUGGAUUUUCAUGCAAGCGAAGAGGAGUUUCGAACCAAGUUCAAAGUUCCUCCUUUCCAAGACUGCAUCCUAAGUUUUUUGGGUUUUUCUGAAGACGAGAAGGCCAACAUGGAGGAGCGGACUCUGAAACAUGGGGGGAAGUAUUUUGAGGUUGGAGAUGAGCGAUGUACACACAUGGUGGUGGAGGAAAACUCUGUGAAGGACCUGCCGAUUUCUCCGUCCCAGAAACUCUUUGUGGUCAAACAGGAGUGGUUCUGGGGAAGCAUUCAGAUGGAUGCUCGGGCUGGAGAAUCCAUGUACCUCUAUGAGAAGAACGACAGCCCAGCCAUGAAGAAGGCUGUGUCCCUCCUCUCCCUCACCACCCCCAACAGCAACCGCAAGCGUCGGCGUCUGAGAGACACUCUGGCGCAGCUCACCAAGGAGACGGAGAUCUCCCCCUUUCCUCCACCACGCAAAAGGCCGUCGGCAGAGCACUCUCUGUCCAUUGGGUCUCUGCUCGACAUCUCUAACACCCCUGAAACAUGCAAGACCUUGGCAGACAAUGUAGUAGGAGACAGGUCUGUGACCAGAAAUAGGCAAAGAAGAAGGAAAACUGGAGAAAGGACAAGUAGGUCAGGCAGGGAAGAGAGGAAGAGAAGGUCCCGCCUCAGUAAAAAUACCCAUCAACAAACAAAUGAAGGGCAACAGCAAGGAGCCUGUGCAGAGAGUUCCAGACCAUCCAAGAGUUCAACUCCGGCUCUGUCCAAGCCGUCAGCCCGGUGGCAGGUCUCCAAGGAGCUCUACCAGACGGAGAGGAACUACGUGGACAUUUUAAGCACCAUUCUACAGAUUUUCAAACAUCCUUUGGAUAAAGAGGGGCAGGUGGGGGGACCCAUCCUGGCCCAAGAGGAAAUUAAGACUAUUUUUGGCAGCAUCCCGGACAUCUAUGAGGUUCACACCAGGAUAAAGAAUGACCUGGAGGAGCUCCUCACAGACUGGUCAGAAACCAGGAGCGUUGGGAACAUCAUUCUCAAAUAUUCUAACGAGCUGGUGAAGGCCUACCCCCCUUUUGUCAACUUUUUCGAGAUGAGCAAAGAGACAAUUGUUCGAUGUGAGAAACAAAAGCCACGAUUCCACGCUUUCCUUAAGAUCAAUCAGGCCAAGCCGGAGUGCGGCAGGCAGACGCUUGAAGAGCUGCUCAUCAGACCCGUGCAGAGACUGCCGAGUGUGGCUCUUCUUCUAAAUGACAUAAAGAAGCAUACAUCAGAGGACAACCCAGAUAAGAUAACACUGGAGAGAGCAAUAGAGUCUCUAAAAGAAGUCAUGACUCACAUCAAUGAGGACAAGAGGAAAACUGAAGGCCAGAAGCAAAUCUUCGACGUUGUUUAUGAAGUUGAUGGCUGUCCUGCCAACUUGCUGUCUUCCCAUCGAAGUCUGGUUUACCGCGUGGAGACCAUUGCUCUGGGAGACCAGCCAUGUGACCGUGGAGAACACGUUACACUCUUCCUCUUCAACGACUGUCUUGAGAUUGCAAGGAGGCGACACAAGGUGAUCAGUACGUUUAAGAGCCCCCUGGGACAGACGAGACCUCCACCUCCUCUGAAACACAUCGCCCUGAUGCCGCUGUCUCAGAUCCGUAGAGUGCUGGACCUGCAGGACACCGACGAGUGUAUGAAUGCCUUCGCCUUAGUGGUUCGCCCUCCAACUGAACAGGAGAACUUGUUGUUCAGCUUCCAGCUGGCUGGAGAGGAAACGGUGAAAUCCACCUGGCUGCGGACACUUUGCCGUCACGUUGCCAACACCAUCUGCAGGGCUGAUGCGGAGGAUCUCAUUCAGAGCACAGACCCAGACUCACUGCAGGUCAGCACGAAGGACAUGGACAGCACGCUGAGCAAGGCAUCCAGAGCCAUCAAGAAGACGUCUAAAAAGGUGACAAGGGCAUUUUCCUUCACCAAGACCCCAAAACGGGUAAUCCAGAGAGCGUUCCUGGCCAACAACACUCCAGACGAGAAAACCCCGAGGCUGAGCUGUGAGAACCGCAUUGGCAACAGCUCCACGCUGGCUGCCCACCACUCCCCCUCCAUGGUCAAUCUGCCCUCCAUGUUUGAGAGGAAAUACCACACAUUCAGCCGUUCAACCACUCACCUCUUCUGAAAUGAGACCACCAGCAGAGAUGCCUCGGCUGCCUCAGACGGCGACGUUUGUGUGAAGAAAGGCGACGGAGCUCUGCAGUCUUUCCACAUCCAGACCAAACUGCGUUCAGCAAUAGCUGGAAGGAGCUGGUAGGAAGGACGUCCUGAUAUCUUGGCAGUAUCAGCUUCGUCAGAGUCGGAUGAAGACAAUAAACCAGUUGUUGAUCAUCCUGAAGCCUGUCGGGGUGCAGCGGAUAGUUUCUGGUUCAACCUUCAUGUGGAGCCUGUAUCACGUUACUGGGACGGUACAGAGUCCACUUCGGGACUGCAGGUGUGCUACGCCAUGAGCUUUUUUAAAUGUCUGCUCCUGGCUGAUCUGCUCCAUCGGGUUAGUUUCUGCUUCCACGUUCAGCCUCCCGAGCUGCUGAGUUUUCACUACAGAGCAAAAACACAAGUUUCUUCCUGGAACAUAGUUUGUUUUAUUCUCAUCGUAAAUUAACAUUUUAUAUCGGGCUUUUUCUAUUUAUCAGCUUAAUUCUGUUGUUUGGUUCCAGUUAAAGUUUCAGGCUUUUCUUUUUAUUUUCUUUUGGCUUUUUUUAAUGAAGUUUUAAUAGUUUUACUGUAGCGGUAGUUCUAACGCCACCACGGAUGAUUGUACGACUUGUUCCAGCUAACCUCUUUAUGAGAGUUUUCGACUUUUAUAAAGUUCUUUUAACACUUAUGAAAAAUGUUUGUGGUCGUCCUCGUCUCUUUCUGCCCGUCCACGUGAUGAAGAACGUAUAUCUGAAGUGUUUAUGUGUGUGUGAUUUUGAGAAGGAAUGCUUUAUCUGUUAAUAUUUAUUCCUUCUGAAUUCAGACUUUUCUUCUAUUUAUGUUUGUUCCGUUUUGCAGCUGUCGUCUCUUUAAAGUUCUGGCCACUGUUUUAUUUUCUUUCUCAUUUUCUUUCUAUAUUAAAUGCACUUAAACAUCCAUUUUCUUUUUUCUGUUUUUACUCCAUGCAUGUCUUUUAUUAUCAGGAUGUGAAAGGUUUUCAUGGACUGUAGAGGGCUGAUGACGGCUUACACCAAGUCACCACUGGAAAAAUAAAUAAUGUCUUUU